AUCCAACAAAACGUCGUUGGUCUAUUGGUUAACUUAUAUGACGUCGUACAUAUCUAUUUCUAGACGACAAUAUCUAGGGGAAAAUAUGUCAUACAUGCAGAGGAACAUGAUUCCCCAUUUCGCGGGGAAUUCCCACGUGUGGUUAUUUAAAUGAGUGUGCCUCUGCGGGAAUCGAGUGCCAUUUAUCUAUUUUUGCUUUGCGGUUCCAAACCAUAGUGUUUCGAUUAUAAUAGAUACGUUUUAAAUUAUAAUGUCAAUCAUUCUCAUUCACAGUAACUAUUCUUAAAUCGAAAGCAUCACAUUUUCUGUAGAAAGGUUUUGUUUUGAUGACGUAGUAAGGAUAAACCAUUUUCGGACCUUCGGAGUUCAGGGGGGAAAUAUUCCUAAAGGUAAUGGAUACUAAAUACAUAUUUGACAAAACAUAUGAAAUGUUGCCAUAGAAAAAGUUGGAGUAAUACUUUUGAGAAACAUGCAAUAGAUGAUUUACGGGUUAUUUUGUAACGGUAAUUCAGUUUGUCAGUUUGCUCAUCCCCCCUCAGAGGACGCUAAUGGUUCAUUCCAACCCCAGAGUUUCUUUCGCUCUGUCGUCCGUGACGCGCAGCGAGGCUAAUAUUUGGGUAUCAGCUGUACGGCGGGAGCCAGGGGUCGGUGAAGAGAGACACAACUGUAGAAGGAGGCAAACGGUUUUCACUGUCUCGGCACUAUGCAUGAAGAGGAGCAGUUUGUGAACAUUGACCUGAACGAUGACAACAUCUGCAGUGUCUGCAAGCUGGAGACCGACACCGGGACCAUGUCUUUCUGCCAUGUCUGCUUUGAACUCACUAUUGAAGGCGUGUCCACCGCCACCCUCCUGCACUCCAAGUCGCUCCGCGGCCACCGGGACUGCUUCGAGAAGUACCACCUCAUCGCCGACCAGAAGCUGUCGCACUCCAAGGCCUCGCGCAGCGCCUACGAGGGCAUGAAGCUGGCCCUGGGCCAGAAGCUGAGCCGCAUCAUCCAGUACGCCCAGAACAAGGACGCCCAGCGGCCCGGGGCCAAGCACUGCUGCUACAGCCAGAGCGGCGACCGGGGCCAGCCCGCGCUGCGCUCGGACGCCCAGGUGCCCCGCUACGCGCCGCGCCGGGACGGGGCCGGAGGGAGGCGCGGGCUGCCGGACUACGCCGCCAGCAUGCUGGAGUUCCACGCCGCCGAGGAGCUGGGGCUGACGGUGCCCCACGGUCCGCCGCGCCACAGGGGCCAGCGGGCCGGCGGGGAGGGGGCGCGGCGGGGCAGGAGCCACGGGCCCAGCGGCGAGGAACUGGUUAAAAUGAACAUGGAUGAACUGCACCAACUGAACGGCGAGCUACUAAUGCAGAUUCAAAAGGUGUUUGAGGAGCUGACGGCAGCCGUGCAGGAGAAGGACUCACUGGCGUCGGAGCUGCACGUGCGACACGUGGCCAUCGAGCAGCUCUUCAAGAACUGCGCCAAGCUGCCCUGGCUGCACAUCAGCAGGGCCGCGGUCAAGGCCAGCAGCGGCAACACACCCGUGGAGUGAGGCGCACACCACCUUCUCUCUCUCUCUCUCUCUCUCUCUCUCUCUCUCUCUCUCUCUCUCUCUCUCUCUCUCUCUCUCUCUCUCUCUCCCUCUCCCCCUCUCUCUCUCUCUCUCUCUCUCUCUCUCUCCCCCUUUCUUUGCUUCCAUCUCUCUGUGAGAGGGGAAGCCUGGCAAGCUGGGGGGCCCUACCCCUCCAUCUCACCACUUAACGGGCUGAAGCACGCCUCCUGUUGAGCGCUGAAUGACUUUGGUAGGCGGCGACGCUGUUGUGCCGCGUUGGGGUUGGCCCAAGCAACGGCAACUGGCUGCAUCGUGGCAGCCACGGUGGGACCAGGUUGGAAAAGAAAGGGCAAGGCCAUUGUUUUGGACCACCCCGAGGUUGUAGGGUUUUUGUAAGGCCCUGUUGUCCUUCAUAAGUGGUACAACGAGAGCUGUACAUGUUGCUGUAAAUAGUACCCUUGGUGGGUCGUCUGGCUACUAGAUGAAGUGAUUUCCUCAAAGGCAAUGCUUCCCUCUAUGCAGUCGACGGUAUUAAUGGGGGACAUCUGUUCAUCCCGUCUCCAUUUUACAAUUGAAUUGUUUUCUUUUGGGAAUUGUUUUUCUUAAGAUUUAAUUUGAUCUCAAAGAACUUUGGUCAGGAGAUGAAAUCGAUAUAUUUACAUAUUUGCAUUAAAUUCCCCAUUUUGUUGCUUUAGCAAUUGGAUAGAGAAUGAAGAAGUGCCUAAGAGUAUUUUAAACCUUUGGAUUGACAUGGUGAUGCAUUUUAAUACGGUUCUAAACUGCUGAGCAGUCACCGUUUGCUCGGUUUUUGUUAUUUAAUGGCUAGAACUAUUAAAUUAGGGAUCGAGUUGCCUUCAAGAUAGAAUCAGAGGUUGAAAGGCUGGUGGUGAUUGUAAGCCAAAAAAAGCACAUGAUAGAUUUGGAACAUUUUCAGUUUUAAAAAAAGGUUUACACUUGAUCUCCCUGAGUUCACAACUGACCUUGGCAAGCAGUAUUUGCAGGAUUACUCAUGCAGAAUUGGUAAAGCAUCUGCAGCUUAAGAUAGUGAUGGCUUUUUUUCAUUUCAAUUGUGCGGCAUAUUCUUUUGAGAUGCUGUGGAUAUCUGUAACGCUUUAGUGACAGAGGAAGGAUUCUAUCAAUACUAGUGCUUUCCCUUCACCAAACCAAAGCUGUUGUUGAUACAUUUGUGUCUGGAAAUAUAAGCACCCGCCUUGCUCAAGCUUGAUGAAUCCAGUGUAAAUGCACAUGCAAUACCAACCAGAUUAUUUAAUUUCAUUUGUUUUUGUCACGUGAAACUGUAAUUCAUGCAAUAUUAUCAGAAGUCAUUUUUAUACAAGCGGUUGGUCAAAUGUCUAUCAUUUGGUAAUGUGUUAUAAUUGAGGGCUAAAUUGAAUCUUAAGCAAUACUAUUAAGUUGGGUAAUGGUUUCCUGGACUCGUUUGCCCUAUUACAAUUAAAAAAGACGGUAAAACUGUCAGGAUGCAAUUAACCUACGGUGUGCCAAGCAUACGAUCAGUUGGGGAAAUAUUCCCAGUUUGAUUGCAUAACAUCCAUCUUCAUCCGUCUCGUUUGAAGAUAUUCUGGGGAGGAAACCAAAAGGAUUUGUGCUUGGAACGUGUAGUGCCCCUAUGCAAGAAAGGAAAGAGAAAGCCUUAUAUAGCUAAAUGAUAUAAGAAGAACAUAUGGAAUUAAAGGCCAAUAUAUAUUUUUUAGCUUUCCCCUAAGGAGAACAAUGAACUACUUCAGAAAGCAAAAGGUUAGGGAAACCCUUGGGUUGAAUACCAAUCGAUGCUUUGCAUAGCAUUUGUCACUGUAUAAAGUUCUCUUUAUAAGAGAUAUAAUAAGUUUGACCCUUUGUGGGUCUUAAGAGGUUCCGUCUGGUUGUUUUGGUCAAUUUUAAACUGUUUGGAGGGAUUUAUUCAGUGUGUUUGUGUUAUCUAUAUUUUAGUUUUUAUCCUUUAAGAAUUGUUUGAUUUUUUUGGGGACUUUUUGUUUUGAAUCUGAGUGCUGUUAUGGUUUGUUUACAGAGGAAAUAUGGACAUUUCAGAUCGUGACCAUCAGUUGCCUGCGGUGCAUCACUUUUAUUAGCUGCAGUUCUUGUUUGCAUAUACUGGUUACACUUGUACUCCUUCUGAACUGAUUAUACAGCCUGUUGUUUUACUUGUGAUGCGUAUGGUUUUACUUGUGCAUUGAAUUACAAAUUGUAUUUAUUGUGUGUUUCAUGGAGCUUGCAGCCUGCGUGACUUGUGCAUACGACUAUUUUUCUAAACCAUUUAAAUAAAUAUUUUUUUUAACAUGGA